AAAGUGUUGGAGACAGUGUGAAGGAGAGUAUGCAUUAUUGCUACAGAGGAUCAGGGAGGGAAAUACUGCAGAACUUUUGGGAAACAUCCUCCUGGUGAGUGACGGCCACCAGCAGGACCACACUGGCAGGACUCUCCUCCACUGGGCGGUGGAGCUCGGCCUGGCCCGGAUGGUGGUGGUCCUCCUGAAAGUGUGCCGGGUGUACCCACACGUCCUGACCUGGGUUGGGGAGACCCCUGCUGACCUGGCACAACGGGCCGGUCAUCUCCAGGUCAUCAACACUCUCCCCAGUUACCACAGGUCCAAGGUAGAGGGUGGAUCAGGAGAGGUGUACUACGAGCAGCUGCUGGGUGUGAUCAGCCUGUGUGACGACACCCAGCAGGCGGGUCAGCUGUUGUGGUCAGGAGCGUCCCUGGAGCCCCAGGGAUGCUGGAGCGUCUCCCCGCUCUGUCUGGCCGUCACCAGUAACCGGUGCAGGAUCACCAGCCUCCUGCUGGCAGCUGGAGCACCGCUCACCACCACCUCCCACGGCCUCAACCUGCUGACACUAGCCUGGUGCUCCCCUGACGUCACUCUCCGUCUUCAGGUCACCAUCACGCGGGUGUUCCUUCAUAUACUGGAGCAAGAACGUGCUAAGAUCAAAGAGCUGGCAGAGCUUGGUGCAGUUGUUGAUGAAGUAAGAGAGCUUGGUGCAGGUGUUGAUGAAGUAAGAGAGCUUGGUGCAGGUGUUGAUGAAGUAAGAGAGCUUGGUGCAGGUGUUGAUGAACUAAUAUCCACCAUAGGAGGCAAGGCCCCAUGGCAAGCCCGCUGGCCCCGAGGCAGGUCAGUGAUGAGCCUGACUAAGCUCAUGGUUCAGGCGGCUCGUGCCAAGUGCACCUUGACCUGCAGCUUCCUCCACCGGGCUGGUGCUCAGUCCUCCUUACGUAGCAAGUCCGGCGCGAGUCCUCUGCACGCUGCCCUGGACGCUGGACACUGGGAACUAGCGGAGCGAAUGGUGAAGGAUAUGGACGGGUCUCUGUAUGUUCCUGACUCCGCAGGUCGCCAGCCCACAGUCAUCCUGCCUCCACACCUCGCCCACUCUCUGGAGCAGAGUAUUUAUAACAAGGAAUGGAACAAGCUGCAGGACCUAUGGGAGAAGAUAAAACACCCCAUUGACAAGCAUCUUGUGCAGGAGAUUCUGGACGUUCAGAAGAUUUUGUUCACUACCUACUUGAAGAAGACUACUCUGGCCAAGGAGACAGCAGGAGCUAGGGCCAAGAAGACAGCAGGAGCUAGAGGAUCCCGAGUGUGGUCCACAGGACCCAAGGCCCUCCUGGUGGCCUCACGAAGUGGGCUGCAGCAGCUGAUAUACCUCCUGGUGAACGUGGGAGGCCUGGCUGUAGACACACUAGUGGAUCCCACCGCUGCCACCACUGCCCUCCACCAGACGGCCGCUCAUGGCAAGUCUGGCUGCGUCCUCCUCCUUCUGAGCCUCGGUGCCCAGCCGCUCCGGCCUGACAGAUACGGCCACACGCCUUCCCACCUCGCUGCAAUGUUCGGUCAUGAAGACGUUUAUGAACUUUUAGCAGAAUUUAUUAUAGAGCCUGAACCUACCUGCAGGGCGGGAACUACCCCACAAGAAGUCCGUAGACAUUUCUCUCAAUAUCUCCUGAAGUACAAUAUACGUGAAUCUGAAUCAUCAUCUAAUACUGUACACAUAAAUAAUGACCCAACAGAAGCUGCAAUGAACCUUCUCCGCCGUAUUGACUUGGGGAGCUUGGUGAGAGACUUAGAGAAGACAACGGUUGACUUCACCAUGUGUGAAGCACAAGAGGUCAAGGAUGAAGUAAUGAAAGAACUUCAACAAAUUACAGAAAAUGUUUCAGAUGAAACUUUCAGAGGGAAACUGAGACUGUCUGGGAGCGCUGCAGAUGGUACAAGGCUCUAUUGUCCGGAUGAGUUCGACGUUAAUUUUGUUCUCCAGGAGCUUCCUGGAGUCAAAGUUAAAAUUAUACAACAAACAGAGAAAGAAGUCUUAGCCAGCGGUCACAACUUAAAAGUCAAAAUAAAGACGAAAAAUUCUAGUCUCCAUGGGAAUAACUUAGUAAUAAAGUUUUAUGAUAGAGUGAGAGAGUGCCUGAAGAGCCACACCAUUGGUGAUGAGCGUCUUAGUUUAGUGCCACCUGGUCUGACCAGGACGCAGGUGGGUGUGGCACUGUCACUGGCCUGGCAGGGAAGUGAGUAUCCGCUGUUGUUGGUCAGUGUUGACUUAGUGCCAGUGGUGGUGGCGCCUUGGCCUGAGGAGAUCAGCAGACCUCCCCUCACACCCGAAACCUCACAAAUAAUCCAGCUCAGCAACAAAGAAGAUGGGUCGUGGAGGUGUAGCCUGGCUGCGACAGAGGUGGAGGUGCUGCAGCAGCUGGAGCCUCAGGAGCGUCGGGUGUUUCUCACCUGCAAGACUCUUCUCUCCCGCAUGAAGGCUGAGCCUUGGAUGCCCAGACACGUCAAGAACCAGUUUUCCUGGUGGGACUCUCGCUAUUGGAAAGUUCCGACUCCUGCAGGAUUCUGCCUCAAAAAUUCCUUCCUGGGGUUGCUGCAUAGGAAGCGGGAGACAGGAAUGGAGUGGCAGGAGAAAGAUAUAUUGACCAUAGUGAGGUCUGUCUUCAGAGACAUGUGCCAUGAGAUGGUUGAUCCAUCAACUGGUGUCGAGUCUCUCGUGCCAGCCAAAGUUAAUGCCUACUUCGGUGGAGAUUGUGAAAAGCCCAAGAUGGGCGAAGGAGCUCCCGAUAUUGUUGGCUAUCUUGACACUCUGUCUGAGAUAGCUGGAAAACCUAAGACAGGCUGCUUAGGACUCACAUGGGGCUUCCUUAACAACUGAGUCACUAACUUAAGCUGUAGAACUGUAGUUUUCUCAGGGAAUCUUCUGCUGACAGACUUCUCAGGGAAUCUUCUGCUAACAGAUCCAGGUUGGAUAAAACGUUAAAUGAAAUAAUGUUGUUGAGGCGGAAGACCA